CCGAGUGAGAGGCAGCGUGUUUGUGCGCGUCCGGGGAGAGGAAGAGAGAAAAAGAGAGACAGGGAAAGAGAGAGAAACGGGGAAAGGGAGAGAGACAGGGAAAGAAAGAGAGAGCAGGAACUUAGUUACCAAGCAUCGCUGCCGUGUCUCCUCCGGCACAGCGAGCUGAAAGAGAAGCAUUUGGCAGUUAUGGUUGAUCAGCGUUUCUUUCAUCCUCUCCUGUGCAUUAGUGACGACGGCUGCGUCUACAUUCCUAUUUCUGUUUCGCUUCGAAGGAUUAAAAAUAAAAAAGAUGCGCUGAAGCACCCAGGAAAGACCCUACAUCUUCUUCAAUAUGACACUGAGGAUACCUUAGCAGGACUGCAAGUUUGGCCAUUAUUUGCAGGAAAAUGCAGCUUUGGAUUCCAUAUGUUUUGCUCGGUGCAACAUCAGUGUGCACCGUUGAAAUGUCUGGCCAUUAUGGGGAAAUCUGUCAAGAACUAUGCGCCUGUGAGGAAAGAGAAGGGAUGCUUACUGUGAGCUGUGAAAGCCGAGGAAUUGCAAGACUCUCUGACAUAAGCCCAGUGCUCUUCUCCCAGUAUCAAUUGCUUCUUACUGGGAAUCUUUUGACAAAGCUUUCUACCAAUGAUUUUGCUGAGUACAAAGGACUUAAAAUAUUAAAUCUUGGAAAUAAUGAAAUAUCAGAAGUUAAAGCUGGAGCUUUUAAUGGACUGCAGGGAUUAAAACGAUUACAUCUCAAUAAUAACAAAAUUGAUGCCUUGAAGGAAGAGUUUUUCUAUGGCCUUGAAAGUCUGAAGUAUUUACAGAUUGAUUAUAAUUACAUCAGUCAUGUGGAGCAAAAUGCCUUCAGCAGACUUCGACAUCUGGAGGUCUUGAUUCUGAAUGACAAUUUAAUAUCUAGUCUGCCUGUAAACCUUUUUCAGUUUGUACCUUUGACUCAUUUAGACCUACGAGGGAAUCAGCUCAAAGUGCUUCCCUACAUUGGUCUGCUGGAGCACAUGAACAGCGUUGUGGAGUUACAACUGGAGGAGAAUCCGUGGAACUGCUCCUGUGAGUUGAUUGCUCUGAAGACCUGGCUGGAAAGCAUUUCGUACACAGCCUUGGUUGGGGACGUGGUUUGUGAGUUCCCAUUUCGGCUUCAUGGAAGAGACCUUGAUGAGGUUUCAAAGCAAGAGCUGUGUCCAAGGAGAGCCAUUGCUGAGUAUGAGAUGCCACCUCCCCCUCAUUUGGGCAUUGACGCAUACUACAGGACCACUCCAGCUGUUGGCGCCUCCUUCACCGCAUCUGGCAUCGCCAGAUCUUCAUCAAGACCGACCAAGGGACCUCGUCAGUCAGCCAAAUUAAAAUCAAAACCCACCGCCCGUGUCCCAUCCAAUAAGCCACAGAAUUAUGGUCAAAUUGUGUCAUAUCAGACCAAAUCUCCAGUGCCUUUAGAUUGCCCAACUGCCUGCACCUGCAAUCUCCAGAUUUCAGACCUUGGGCUGAAUGUGAACUGCCAGGAGAGAAAGAUUGAACAGAUCUCUGACCUGAAUCCUAAACCAUACAACCCCAAAAAGAUGUAUCUUACAGGGAACUACAUCCCUGUGGUGCAUUGCUCAGAUUUUAUUGAGGCAACUGGAUUAGAUUUACUUCAUCUUGGUAACAAUAGGAUAGCUCGGGUAGAUGAUAGAGCUUUUGGCGAUUUGACAAAUCUGCGAAGACUGUACCUUAAUGGGAAUUUGAUUGACCAUCUUAGAUCCAGUAUGUUUUAUGGACUAGAGAGCCUACAGUUCUUAUAUUUAGAGUACAAUAUCAUUAAAGAAGUAACCGCGGACACUUUUCAACAUGUCCCAAAACUUCAGCUUCUUUUUUUAAACAAUAAUCUCUUGAAAACUUUGCCUGAGGGUACUUUUAAUGGCUUGACAUUAGCUAGACUAAAUCUUCGUAACAACCACUUGCGGUAUCUUCCUGUCAGGGGUGUACUUGAUCAAUUAAGAGCCCUUGUUCAAGUCGAUUUAUAUGAGAAUCCCUGGGAUUGCUCUUGCAAUAUACUAGACCUGAAGAUGUGGCUGGAGCUGCUCAGCAUGGGCACAGUUGUAAACAAUGUCAUCUGUGGCUCCCCCAAGAAGCUGGCUGGGGAAGAUAUGAGAUACAUUAAGACAACUAAUUUCUGCCCUAAUAACUCUGAUAUACUUGCUUCUAUGAUUCCGCCCUCCGAGGAAUCCUUUCCGGGAAGCACUAUCACUAUAGAAACAUCUUUAGACUCCGACACUCAGCUCCACACUAUUCCUUUAUCUGUAAUGAUUCUUGCCCUUCUCCUCUUAUUUAUUGUGUCUGUGUUUGUGGCUGCAGGACUGUUUGUGGCUACAAAAAAGAAACGGCAGAAGAGUCAAAGUGAGCAGAAUGAAUCGAUGAAUGCUUGCAUUAGCUCUCUCAACAUGGAGUAUGGCCUUUACAAAAAGGCAUCUAUUCCCAAAGUAAGAACAUCAGCUGGGCAUGUAUAUGAGUAUAUCCCACCUCCUACUGAAGCCACAUGCAGAACUGCUGCACAAACCCCCAUGGACAACAAAUCAGUGGAUGGAUUUAGAGACUUUGACGAGUUAAGCAGCGCCUUUCUGGGUAACCUAGAUGAAGAGGCAGCCAGUAAUGUGAUAAGCUCGGAGUACAGCGCCACCACUCCAGAGCCUCUUAACAAGCCAUCCACCCCUUACCGAGACGAUCCAUGCUACUAUAGAGAUGUACUCGAACCUGACAAGAACAGAUGCCACAGCAAUACUUUACCUUGCAGACAUGGUGUACACUCAUCAAAUCAGUAUACCUCAGACUUUGAUGCAAGGCAUCAAUAUGUGCAACCAGAGAGAAUACAACAGACAAUAUUGUAUUGUACAACACCGAGUUCCGUUUAUGUGGAACCCAACAGGAGCGAGUACUGGGAACUGAAAGCAAAGCUUCAUCUUGAUCCAGAUUACCUCGAGGUUCUGGAAAAACGAACUACAUUCACACAGUUUUAAAACACCUGUCCUCUCAAUGAUCAGUGUGGAUGCAAUUGUGUGGUACUUGAAAUAAAAAAAGGACAAUUUUCUCAACUCAGCAAACUGCAGUGCAAGACAUUAAAUGCUUUUCUGGGAAUUAUGCUUUACAGAGCGAGAGAUACAAGAGGGCAAUUAUUCAUUUUGAAGUGUCACUUAACACUUCAGUCCAGUGUGGUUUGCAGUUGAGUUUGAGUGUGCAAAUAUGAACAUAAAACUCAAAUUCAGGGCUCUUAUGACUCACCCUUUCACUGAAUUCACCCUGAAGAGAAUCACUGACAACAAUUUGAGCCUGAGCUUUAGCUCUGAAAUUGGCUGCAUUUUAUGAGUAUUAAUGAGCUAUGAAGACAAUAUAUUCUUCACCUCUAAAUAAGCUCAUGUUAUUGGACAGAGAUACGCAUAUGGCAGCCUGUUCUGCCAAUUUUCUUACUUUUUUGUGUGAAACUCAAGCAUUAAAGUUCACGUUAAUUUUUAUUGAUUUAUAUACAAUAAAAUUGUAGAACAGUUAUAUGAAAUACAUUAAUAUUUUUCAUUUUUACUACAAACAUAAAUUAUGGAUGCAGUGAAUGUCUCCACUCCAGCAGAUAAGUGGGAGAAAUGUAAUGAUUGUCUGUAAGAUGACAAUAUUACACUAGCCUCGUUUGUAUACUUAGACCCCUCUGGUGAUAUCAUCUCAUUUCCCAACCAGCAAAUGUUUUAGAUUAAGUCAAAACUUGUUGCACUUGUGAUUAGUAACCAAAACUGUGUAUCAGUUCGGAUGUCUUUAUUUCUGUUUUCCACACUGCAAAUUUGUACAAAUGUAGUUUCUACAACUUUAUUACACAUAAAUGUACAUCCGUUUUAAAAUUUCCUUAAGUCAACACCAAAGCAAUCCAAGAACGAAAAGCAUAAAAACAUAAAUAUGCAACAAAAACCCUGUUAAAUGUUUGAUUUAUACUACCUGUAUUUCUUGUGCAUCUGUGCAGCUGUGUUUCCAUAACACCACAUUUAAUGCUUAGUGUAAAAUAAAAGUCGAAUCUGCUCAGUGUGACUAAGCAUGAACUACAGCUGUUGACCCACAACAAGACCCCUUGUCAGUGUCAGGUUUGGCUUAAUUUGGAUGAUGAAAUUAUAUACGUUAGCUCAACCUCAUCAAAGAAAGGACACCAGUAUUUACUGUAAUUACCAUAAUAGAAAAAGUGGGUGAGUAAAUUAAUUUGAGUAAAUUAUCCGGACCAACAGUUGAGUCUUUUUCAGGGUUAGAAAGAGCUGCAAAGAGAUUUAUUUACACACUAGGUUGGAAUGUGUAUAGCAAAAAGAAAAUGAGAAUCUUAAAAUAAUAAUUUUGCAACAGACUUGGUAGUCCUGAAUAGAAAUAUUCACCUGAGCCUGACUCUCCGUCAAACUAGAACUCAAGCAUAGUAUUUUCUCUGUUUGUAGCAUUUAACUGCCAGAGCUGGGAAAUAAAUUCAGCAGUAGCUCAUUAUGACGUGAAACUUUCACGUUAUAGCGAGAUGUAAAACUCGUUAAAAUGUGAAAAUGUUCUCAUUUUAACGAUAUGCUGCUUUUGAAUUUAUUUCCAAGUUCUGACAGUUUAAGGCUUCUGUAAGUUUGUCCUCAAUGUUUAUUGUUCAGGACCUGCACUGUACAUACAAGUAGAGGGACAACUUUUAAUAAAGACUUAACUUGUUAACUUGCAAAAAGAUAAAGCAAAACUCAAAAAAAUUCAAGAGGUUGUCAAAUGUGGUGAAAUUAAGUUACAAAGUGGUGUAUUUCAAAUCAAAGUCAUUAAUUUUGCAUGUUAAUGUUGAGAAUUAUGAAAUUUCACCUGCUUCUGAGAUAUUAAAAAAAGAUCAAGUAGGUAAUCAAGUCAGUAUUUUUGAUUUAUAUAAAAGUCAUCUCAGUUGUUGAUUUUACUGUUGCUGGCAAAUACUUUCGAAUUUGAAAUGUCAGGGAACAGCAGAAAGACAUGUUGUGUGCAUAAUGCCAGUUUUCAACCCAUGGCACUGGGUAGAAAACUGGUUGAAACAAAUUUGCAUUUGCACGUUCAUGUAUAGAGCUGCACAGUGACCCAGUUGUCCAUGGUGUUGCCUUGCAGCAAGAAAUUCCUCGGUUUAAAUCUCGGUCAGGACCUUACUGUGUGCUUUUUGCAUCUUCUCCCUGUGCAGGUGAAGAUAUUCUCUUCCAAACACCAAAAAUAUUUGAAUGGAAUGAAUUGGACAGUUUAAAUUGCCCAUCAAUGUGCAUGUGUAUUCAUGGUUGUUUGUCCUGAGUGAUAAUCUGCUAGAUUGGUGAUCUGGCCUGGUUGCACCCUGCCUCCUGAAAACCUGACACUGGUAGGCAGUUUGGAGUUGGGUCCGUUUCAUGCUUUGUCUCAAUAUUCCUUUUAUUUAGAGAACAUUUAUUGGCCUCAGGCAUAUGUGAGCAUCUGUUAAAAAACUAUUUUUAUAUUAUAAAAAAAAAAAAACUCCCUUUUAUAUAUAUUUUAUUUCCUUUUCUUUAGUAAUAGAAGAUGAGAAAAUGCACUAUUGACUCUACUGAUCAAUGAUGAUGUCACUUUUGUAAAUUCACAAUAGAGAAACAUGCAUAUAGCCACUGAUUUGGUCUGAUAAAUGCAGACAGAAGGGUUACAUUAUGUUACAAAUUAUUUACUAUGCAUAGAUAUAGAUGACACUCGGACAAUCUGUUCAUUUCUCAGUUGUCACCGAACCUUUAUGACUAUGAUGCCAUCUCUUCAAAUGUGGCACCUUUACUUCAGUCAUUUACUUCUUUAUGGUGAGGGAUAUUAUAGCCCACGUAACAACUAAGAGCUAUUUGAUAGAAAAUCAUAAUAAAUGACUGGUUAAUCGGAUAAAGUUAUUUCUAUGCAUAAGACUUUCUUCAAAGGAACUAAGCACAUCAUCCAGUCUUAAUCUAGUCUAAUCAGGUCCUGGGGUAAUAGAGUAAGCCAAGAAAUAUGACUUUCCCUGAGAGUUAAAUACACAGUUAUUUCUCAAAUGCACUGAACUUGUCACCACGGCUCAGCCAAUCAGAAGACAUGCUGUUUCUACACUGUGUCUGCAUGACAGCGAGUUUUUUAUUGCAGCAUGAUGCUAAGCAAGGAGGAUGUCUUGAUUUGUUGCCUUUCUUGUAUCAACUUUGUCAUGGAUUUACUUUUUUUAUGAUUAGAGCAAGUGUGCUAAAAUAUUCACAGCUGAUGCAUGAUAUGUACCUGCACAGCUAUAUUUUUAUGUUUGUUUUGUUUUUUUAUUAGUAUUCUGCUAUAAAAUGAAAGUGAUGAAAACAAUACAAAAUGCUAUGUUUAUUUGAUUGUAUCAGGUCUGAAGUUUGUUCAAUUUGUGGUGUGUAAUAACCUUUUUAGUUCAAAGCAGCAAAAAAAAAAAAAAAAUCGAGUUCAGGUAGUGUUGAGAGAAAGUCUCUUAAAUUAUAUUAGGGAUGUCCUGAGCUGAUCCCAGGCCUACUGUCUCAGCAGUGCAGUCAUUUGUUGCAAACUUGGUUUUGAGGUUUAUAGCUUGACAAAUAGAACAGCGCUUUAUUGACCUGAAAAAUCUUGAUUUUCGAGUAGCCAUGUAAAGCAGUCAUCAUAUUCUUUCCUUGCCAGGUAUGGUGGUGUAUUGCAAAACCUAUGUAAUUCAGGCAAAAAUAUAACAAAAUUAAGUGUAUUUUUUGGAGCAUCACAUCCUUACACAACCUGAAAACAUCUGUGGUGCUUUUGAUCCAGUCUAAUGUUGAGUGUGUAUUAGAAUUAAAGCUGUAGAAUUCGCAAUGUCCAGCUGCAUCAGUACAAGGUACAUUAGUUUUAAUAGAAUAGAAUAGAAUUACUUUAUUCAUCCCAGCAGGGAAAUUAUUUCGUAGUUACAGCAGCAUAGAGACAAG